GUUGACUGACUCCAUCUGCUGACGCUGGGUUUGUGUCCGUAUUUGUUCCCAGUGAAUUCUUUGCUACAGAACUAGCUUAGAGUCUGACUGUGAGUACUGGUCACAGAAAAAAAUACUCCUGUUUUCUGUUUACUAUCUGGAAGCGCUUAGUCAGCGCGACAGGCCAGUGUUCUGCUACUUGCCCAGACCUGGGACCCUUCCCCAGUAGUACUGGUUUGCGUGUGUUUGCUAUUUAAGUGAUCUUUUUUUCCUCUUCAGCUGCCAUCUAGUUGAUGGUGGAAGGGUGUUUGGGGGAGCAGGAGCGUCGUGCCCCCUCCGUAGCGGAGAUUUUCCGACUUCUGUAUUCACUCAGAAGAAUGAUUGACCAAAGCUGUGUGCUUCACCCUAAAAAAGCCUCGAUAACUGAACUUCCCAGGCCUUGACAAACCAAGGUGGUUGGCGUCGGUCCAGGUCAGGCAGCUGAUCUCCACUGCGUGCACACUCCCUGGUCACGCAGCAGUGCAGCAGCUGCUUUGAGUAUUUUGGCUCUGAUCCUGCUGCACAGACGCGCCCGGAGCGGGGACAGCCUUGCAGGUGCCACGUCUGGAAGGAGCAGAGGCCGCGGGCAGGGGGGGGCUGGCAGGGUAGAGCACGGUGGAAGCAGCUGGGCUGGCUCGGUAAGGCGCAGCUUAGUCACUUCCUUCGGGAAGCGUGUCGGAUGCAGCUCUCCUGUGCGGGAGCCUCACCUGAGCCACCUCAGCUGGGAGCAAAAUGUCAAGGUGUUCUCUGCUUACUGGGAACGGACCUUCUCGCAGGCUGGGUGUGCUGGCCCGGACUGGUCCCAGCAGGCACAGGAAUGAACUUGGGCUCGGUGCUGGCCAGGAAGACCCGGGAAGGGGUUAGACCUGCUGCAGGAAAGGAGACCAGAGCCACCAAAGCCUGGGGCACAAACACUUCUCGGGGUGUUCCCAGCUCACGGCUGCUCCUGAACCUCCUCGCUGCACUCGCCUGGAUGAAGCUGGAGAGCCUCAGUCCGCUUCUGCCACAUCCCUGCUCCGCUGGGAAUCCGGGCGCAGGAGAUGCCCACCGCUUCCUUGCUCUUCUGUGGAUGUGACCCCCUGGUGUCCUCCAUCACGAGCCUGGAGCUGUCCUCCGUCAGCUGGGAAGAAGAAUGUCCCCGCUUGUCUGAUGAGGCGCUGUGGCUUGUCCCCCAGAUUCCCCAGCUCGACAAGCCCUUACUCAUCUGCUUGUUCAGAGCGGGGAUUUCACGAGACCCUCUCCGAGCCCCACGAGGACAUUUCUCAGCCGGUGACCCGCUGGAAGCAGGGGAGCCAGAGCUGUGGGUGACGCUGGUGGAGGUGUGCCUGCCGCGGGGCUGGCUCCAGUGGCAGAGUCCAGAGGCACCUGCACAAGAUCGAGGCGUGUCGGGAAGCCUGAUGCCUCGCCUCUGCCAAUGUGGAGGCGGAGGGAGGAGGGCCAAAAGACAUGUCCCUUCUUGCAACGGCUGAAAACGGAGAAGGAAACUCGCUAGAGCCUUUUUCACCAGCACAGGAGGCCUCACUGUCCUGCUCUCACCCCAGAAGCCCUCCCGUACUCCAGUACUCUGGGGGGGUGGCAGUCCCGCACCCACCGGGCGAUGAACAUCGCAAGGAGAAGAGGCUUUUACAGACAGGAGGUGAACAAAACCCUCUGGGAGCUGCCCAGGAGAUACACCUCCCUUCACCCGGUGGGGUCUGGAGCCUACGGAUCGGUGUGCUCAGCCGUAGACAAGAAGACAGGGGAGAAGGUGGCUAUCAAGAAGCUCUGCCGCCCGUUCCAGUCAGAGAUCUUUGCCAAGCGAGCAUACAGAGAGCUCAUGCUGUUGAAGCACAUGCAACACGAGAACGUCAUUGGGCUGCUUGAUGUCUUCACCUCUGCCACCUCCUACCAGGGAUUCCAGGACUUCUACCUGGUGAUGCCAUACAUGCGGACAGAUUUACAAAAGAUCAUGGGACAUGAAUUCAGUGAUGAAAAGAUCCAGUACCUGGUCUACCAAAUGCUGAAAGGGCUGAAGUAUAUUCAUUCCGCUGGCAUCGUCCACAGGGACCUGAAGCCAGGCAACCUGGCUGUGAAUGAGGACUGUCAGCUAAAGAUCUUGGAUUUCGGCUUGGCCAGACACGCUGAUGCUGAAAUGACCGGCUACGUGGUUACGCGCUGGUACAGAGCCCCUGAAGUCAUUCUCAACUGGAUGCACUACAACCAGACAGUGGAUAUCUGGUCUAUUGGCUGUAUCAUGGCAGAAAUGCUGACUGGGAAAACGCUGUUUAAAGGAAAAGACUACCUGGACCAGCUGACUCAGAUCCUGAAAGUGAUGGGGCAUCCUGGAGAAGACUUUGUGGAGAAGCUGGAGGACAAAGCGGCAAAGAACUAUAUCAAAUCCCUUCCUAAAAUCCCCAAGAAGGAUUUGUCUGUGCUUUUCCCCAAAGCCAAUCCUCAGGCCGUGGACCUGCUUGACAAGAUGUUGCAGCUUGACGUGGAAAAGCGUCUUACAGCGACGGAGGCGCUGGCUCACCCCUAUUUUGACCAGUUCCGAGACGUCGAAGAGGAAACGGAAGCGCAACAGUCCUACGAUGAUUCUCUGGAACACGAAAAGCUUUCGAUAAAUGAGUGGAGAAAGCAUAUUUACAAGGAGAUCUUGUCCUUCAGUCCCAUUGCGCGAAAGGACUCAAAGAAGCGAAGUGGGAUGUCAUUAUAGCAGGCGGUGCGGCUAUGGCUGGGAUUCGUUUCUCCUGGAUGAUGGAUUUGAUUUACGGCGCGCUGCCUUGCUGGUGGCCAUUGUUUGGCCUGUGGGACUUCUCUGCCUGCUGCCACCGUGCUGUGGGCGUUGGACUUUGUUCUACUAAAGGGGGAAGCACCCCAAACAGUUUUCAACACAAAAGAUAAAUAUAUCCUCAUUGAAACUUGAAGUGGGAGAA